UUGGUUAAACACAAGAAACCAUUAGUAAAGCAGUAUGCUGAGGGUGGAGAGGACUGAAAGGGAAAGUUCACGUGCUAUACAUUUAAACUUAACAGGUCUUUAAAAAAAAAAGACCCCUGCUAUGAUUCAUAAUAUUAUUCUCAUCCUGUUAGAAAGUGAAAAGAACAACUCAGCCUGAGUAGAAGAAGUAUUUCUGUUCCUAGAAACAGCUUGCAGGCUGUGGGAGAACUGUUGCAGAACUGCUGAGGAAAAGUUGAGCACACUGGAGUGAAGCAAUUGCCCUCUCUUUCUCUCUCUACAGACAUCUCAUCAUCCCUGAGAACACUCUCCCACAGCUGUCCCCCUCAAUCUGACUGCCAAAUAUUCCUUCACAUGUCUGUAAUGGCCAACACCACAGCGCGAGCACUUAGCGUAACCUCUUCUGAAAGGAACGCUGACACAUCUGCUCGGGGAUCAUACUUUGAAGCCAUAGUUGGGGCUGUCAUUGCUGCAGUGUGUCUGGUCCUUCUCCUCCUCCUGGCCAUCAUUCUGCGAUACAUGUACCAGCACAAGGGCACAUAUCAUACCAAUGAGGCCAAGGGCACAGAGUUUGCCGAGACAGCAGACGCUGCUCUUCGUGGAGACCCAGCCCUGCAGGACGCCAUGGAUGAGAGCAAGAAAGAGUAUUUCAUAUGAGACACAAUAGAUAGCCGUUUAUACACAUCAUAUAACAAACUCUUACAGGCUCACAUGAUGCCUCAAUCCUGUUUGCUCAAGCAGUGAAGUAGCUGACAGAGCUCUACGCAAACAGAAACAGACAAGAAGAGUAUUAUGAAAUUCCUUUAUAUUUCAAUAUCUGACAUUCUUUAUAUAUAUGUUUUUUUCCUGAAAAAAGAGGUAACAUUUGAGUAUACAUGGAAGAAAAUUCUGUACUCCUUGUAUUGGAAGCUGACUGUUCGCACAAACAUCAGCUCAGGAGAAUGUGAUAGUAUUCAAGUGAAGGAAAGGAAAGUCAUUGGUAUUAUUAGACAGGAUUUGAAUCAGAAUGGCAAGUGAUAACUGUUUCCAAAAAAAGUGACAUUAAUUGGUCUCUCAUAUAUCUAUAUACUGUAGGGGGCCAGAUUCAUGAAAACCUUCUUCAGAAAGAAGUUAAGAAGUUUAAUUUAAAUUAUAAGAACUUCAUAAAAAUGUUAUUAGUUAAAGGUACAGUAAGUGAUUUCUUAGAAAAGCUGCUGAAAGUGGAUCGGACCAAGCAGCACAACACACUUGUAGCCAAUCAGCAGUAGGGGACGUAUACACUCAUGAUGGGGGAGGAGAGAGAGUGAGCAAGAGGGAGAUUUGAAGAAAGACUGUAGAAAGAGAGAUGGUUUCUCUUACAAAAGAGAAAAGGUCAAGAAGAAUAUCACUAGAAAAAGAAGGGUUAAGAUCAGGCAAGAGCUUUAGGAUCCGUGUUACAGUUUUUCUCCAUUGGUUUAGCUUAUUUCAUGAAACAGAAAUUACAUUCUCAAAACAACAUGGACAAACCUCCAAACCACUUGGCAAUUGUUCACAACAGAAUUGAUUUUCUCAUUCAUUUCAUCAAAUUGCAAAUGUCUAAGUACAUGUCUCAAUGUCUCAGUACAUCUUUGCAAAUGAUUAAGUACAAGUAGCCUACAUUUAGAACAAUUCCACAAUAGAUCUUGUUGAUCUAAACUGAUUGUAGAUUCUCAGUCUAAUGGUUGUUCGCUCCAAAACGUGUCAGCGUCAUUUCAUUGUAUAAGUCAUCACAUGCACAAUAGUCUGUUCAAUUGUCAAAAUUAGUCAAGAACAUAAUACCAUGAAUACCAUAUAUGAAUCCUUGGAACAUUUGAUCAAUUUAUUACAGCAAUUGACAGUCAGGUGAAACUAGAACUUGACUAACGAAGGAGCUUUAUUUACAGCACUAUAGGUUGUAUGUAAUUUUCAUUGUUUUUUGUUUGUGUGUUUAUAUUACAGUAUAUUAUGCUGUAUACAUUUUCUUUUUACUCUGAUGUAUGGAAGUUACUUUAUGUGUGUGAAUGAUAAUGGUUACAAUUUCCUUGGCAGUAUGAGUGCAAUGUGUGAUGUCAAAGCUUGGAGGCUACUCUUACCCCAAAAUCCUAUUUCUUUUUUUCAGUUUUAUACACAAUUGUAUUCUGUUAGCUAGACAAAAAAACGAACAAAAAAAAAACA